AUGGGUGAACAGAGGCACAUCAACGGCGACACCGCUGUCGAUACCAACAGGCCAUUGGAUCGAGCAUCCGAGCUCGAGAGCCUAUUGCGGCUCGCGGUCGACCGUCUAGUGGCCUUUGUCAGGGAUGCCGACGCCGAGGUCGAGGCACAUCGAAGCGAGCGAGAGAUUUCGACAUCGUCACUUGUUGACCGACGCUCGCCCCAGGAGCUUGAGACCUUGUUGCGGAGUUCCUUGAGCCUCAAGCCGGCGGGAAGUGGUCUCGACGGCUACACCGAGACACUAGACUCGUUACUCAAGUACAGCGUCAACACCUCGUCACCCGGCUUUCUCGACAAGCUCUACUCCGCCCCACUGCCGCCAGGCAUAGCAGCAGAACUGGUCUUGGCGGUAUUGAACACGAACGUCCACGUAUACCAAGUCUCGCCGGCACUCACGCUUAUCGAGAAGCACGUUUCGAAAGAGCUCGCGAAACUCUUUGGCCUCAAUGGCCCACGCGCCGGUGGCAUCAGCGUCCAAGGCGGCAGUGCCAGCAACACCACCUCGAUCGUCGUUGCGCGCAACACGCUGUAUCCGCGAACCAAAGCGCACGGCAACAGCGUGGAUGGCCUGGACCUCGCGCUCUUCACCUCUGCGCACGGCCACUACUCGAUCGAGAAAGCGGCGCAACAGUGCGGCUUUGGCUCCGCGGCCGUCGUGUCCGUGCCCGUGCAUCCCACCACUGGUCAGAUGCUGCCGGCGCAGCUGUCCAGGCUGAUCCGGCAAGCCAAGGCAGAAGGCAAGACGCCCUUUUACGUCAAUGCCACAGCGGGCACUACCGUGCUCGGCUCGUUCGAUCCCUUCACCGAGAUCUCGGCCAUUGCGAAGGAGCACGGCAUGUGGCUGCACAUCGACGGCGCGUGGGGCGGCAGCUUCGCCCUGUCCAAGUUCCUGAGCGAGUCGCGCCUCCGUGGCAGUCAUCUGGCCGACUCGAUCGCCGUCAACCCGCACAAGAUGAUGGGCGUGCCCGUCACGUGCUCGUUCCUCCUCGCACGCGAUCUCAAACUGUUCCACGACGCCAAUACGCUCAAAGCAGGUUAUCUGUUCCACGACUCUGAAGACGAUGGCGACGUCGUCCUCACUAAUGGUGCCUCUGACGAAGUCGAAACGUGGCAGGAACCCCACGACCUCGCCGACAUGACGCUGCAGUGCGGCCGCCGAGGCGACAGCCUCAAGCUCUUCAUGUCCUGGCAGUACUACGGCACGGAUGGCUACCGGCAGAAGAUCGAGGGCGCAUAUUCCAUCGCGUGCCAUCUAGCCGACCUCGUCUCGGCGCACCCGGAUCUGCGCUUGGUGUCCACCAAUCCGCCACCCUGCCUGCAGGUAUGUUUCUACUAUGCCCCUGGUGGCAAGGACGUGGUCGGGGGAGAGCCGGGGCAGGUGCGUCCGCCGCCAAAGGCCAACAACGGUGGUCUGACAAAGAACGACGCGCAGAGGGACGAGGAGAGGGAACUGCUGGGCAAGAGUAAUUCAAAGGUGACGGAGCGGAUCACGAGGGAGUUGGUGCAGAGGGGUUUCAUGAUUGACUUUGCGCCGGCGUUGGAAGGGCAGGAGGCCAGUGGCAAGUUCUUUCGAGCCGUGGUCAAUAUCUCGACGCCGGUCGAGACGGUGGCGCGGCUGGUGCGGGAUGUGACGGAGUUGGGGAGGAGGGUCGUGGAUGAGCUGAAUGGGUAG